AAGCCGGCAAUGACCGCCUGCACCCUCCUCGCGGGUGGGCUUCGGGACCCCGGACUCUGCGCCCCCACGCGGUGGGCUCCGUCUCCGCCCAGCCUUCCCCCGAUCCCGCCCCGGCCCUGGCCUCGGGUGAGGCCACUGCUGCUGCUGCUGCUGCUCCUGCCGCGCUCCGUCCUCUCCGCCGUGUUCACAGUGGGGGUGCUGGGCCCCUGGGCCUGCGACCCCAUCUUCGCGCGUGCCCGCCCGGACCUGGCCGCCCGCCUGGCCGCCUCCCGCCUGAACCAGGCGGCUGCCCUGGAGGGCGGCCCCCGCUUCGAGGUCGCGCUGCUGCCCGAGCCGUGCCGGACGCCGGGCUCGCUGGGGGCCGUGUCCUCGGCUCUCACCCGCGUCUCGGGUCUCGUGGGGCCGGUGAACCCUGGAGCUUGCCGGCCGGCGGAAUUACUAGCCCAGGAGGCGGGGGUCGCUCUGGUGCCCUGGGGCUGCCCCGGGACGCGGGCGGCGGGCACCACGGCUCCAGUGGUGACGCCCGCGGCCGAUGCCCUCUACGCCCUCCUGCGCGCUUUCCGCUGGGCGCACGUGGCCUUGGUCACCGCCCCCCAGGACCUGUGGGUGGAGGCGGGACGCGCACUUUCCACGGCGCUCAGGGCCAGGGGCCUGCCCGUGGCCCUGGUGACCUCCAUGGAGCCCUCCGACCUGUCUGGAGCCCGGGAGGCCUUGAGGAGGGUCCAAGAUGGGCCUAGAGUCAGAGCAGUGAUCAUGGUAAUGCACUCGGUCUUGCUGGGCGGCGAGGAGCAGCGCUGCCUGCUGGAGGCUGCAGAGGAACUGGGCCUGGCCGACGGUUCCCUAGUCUUCCUGCCCUUCGACACGCUCCACUACGCCUUGUCUCCAGGCCCUGACGCCCUGGCGGUGCUCGCCAACAGCUCACAGCUUCGCAAGGCCCACGAUGCGGUACUCACCCUCACCCGUCACUGUCCCCUGGGAGGCAGCGUGCGGGACAGCCUGCGCAGGGCCCAAGAGCACCGGGAGCUGCCCCCGGACCUCAAUCUGCAGCAGGUAUCCCCUCUCUUCGGCACCAUCUAUGACUCAGUCUUCUUAUUGGCUGGGGGUGUUGUGCGAGCACGGGCAGCCGCAGGUGGUGGCUGGGUGUCCGGAGCGGCGGUGGCCCGCCAUAUCCAGGAUGCCCGGGUCCCUGGCUUCUGUGGGGCCCUGGGAGGAGCCGAAGAGCCCUCAUUUGUGCUACUGGACACAGAUGCCACUGGGGACCAGCUGUUUGCCACAUACGUUCUGGACCCUACCCAGGGCUUCUUCCACUCCGCUGGAACCCCAGUGCAUUUUCCUAAAGGUGGACGGGGGCCUGGGCCCGACCCCUCGUGUUGGUUCGACCCAGACACCAUCUGCAACGGAGGAGUGGAGCCCAGCAUCGUCUUUAUCGGCUUCCUCCUGGUGGUUGGGAUGGGACUGGCUGGGGCCUUCCUGGCCCAUUAUUGUAGGCACCGGCUGCUUCACAUCCAAAUGGUCUCCGGCCCCAAUAAGAUCAUCCUGACUCUGGACGACAUCACCUUCCUCCACCCGCAUGGGGGCAACUCUCGAAAGGUGGCCCAGGGGAGUCGAACCAGUCUGGCUGCCCGCAGCACAUCAGAUGUUCGCAGCAUCCACAGCCAGCUCCCGGAUUACACCAACAUUGGCCUCUACGAGGGAGACUGGGUUUGGCUGAAGAAAUUCCCGGGAGAUCGGCACAUAGCUAUCCGCCCAGCAACCAAGAUGGCCUUCUCCAAGAUCCGGGAACUCCGGCAUGAAAAUGUGGCCCUCUACCUGGGGCUCUUCCUGGCGGGAGGAGCUGGCGGCCCCGCGGCCCCCGGGGAAGGCGUGCUGGCCGUGGUCUCGGAGCACUGUGCCCGUGGCUCCCUACAAGACCUCCUCGCCCAGAGAGACAUAAAGCUGGACUGGAUGUUCAAGUCCUCCCUCCUCCUGGACCUCAUCAAGGGAAUAAGGUAUCUGCACCAUCGAGGGGUGGCCCACGGGCGGCUGAAGUCACGGAACUGCGUGGUGGACGGGAGGUUCGUGCUUAAAGUCACCGACCAUGGUCAUGGGCGACUGCUGGAGGCGCAGAGGGUGUUACCGGAGUCACCGAGCGCGGAGGACCAGCUAUGGACAGCCCCGGAGCUACUUCGAGACCCAGUCCUGGAGCGCCGGGGAACGCUGGCCGGCGACGUCUUCAGUCUGGGCAUCAUCAUGCAGGAGGUCGUGUGCCGCAGCGCCCCCUACGCCAUGCUGGAGCUCACUCCCGAGGAAGUGGUGAAGAGGGUACAGAGGCCCCCUCCACUGUGUCGGCCCUCCGUGUCCAUAGACCAGGCGCCCAUGGAGUGCAUCCAGCUGAUGAAACAGUGCUGGGCAGAGCAGCCAGAACUUCGGCCCUCCAUGGACCGCACCUUUGAACUGUUCAAGAGCAUCAACAAGGGCCGGAAGAUGAACAUCAUUGACUCGAUGCUGCGGAUGCUGGAACAGUACUCCAGUAACCUGGAGGACCUGAUCCGGGAGCGCACAGAGGAGCUGGAGCUGGAAAAGCAGAAGACAGACCGGCUGCUCACACAGAUGCUGCCUCCGUCUGUGGCGGAGGCGCUGAAGAUGGGGACACCUGUGGAGCCCGAGUAUUUCGAAGAGGUGACACUGUACUUCAGUGACAUUGUGGGUUUCACCACCAUCUCAGCCAUGAGUGAGCCCAUCGAAGUGGUAGACCUACUCAACGACCUCUACACGCUCUUCGAUGCCAUCAUCGGUUCCCAUGAUGUCUACAAGGUGGAGACAAUUGGGGACGCCUACAUGGUCGCCUCCGGGCUGCCCCAGAGGAACGGGCACCGGCACGCGGCAGAGAUCGCCAACAUGGCUCUGGACAUCCUCAGCGCCGUGGGCACCUUCCGCAUGCGCCACAUGCCGGAAGUGCCCGUGCGCAUCCGCAUUGGCCUGCACUCGGGCCCGUGCGUGGCGGGCGUGGUGGGCCUCACCAUGCCCCGGUACUGCCUGUUUGGGGACACGGUCAACACUGCCUCGCGCAUGGAGUCCACCGGGCUGCCUUACCGCAUCCACGUGAACAAGAGCACCGUGCAGAUCCUCUCCGCCCUAAACGAGGGCUUCCUGACUGAGGUGCGGGGCCGCACGGAGCUGAAGGGCAAGGGCGCAGAGGAAACGUACUGGCUGGUGGGCAGACGCGGCUUCAACAAACCCAUCCCCAAACCACCGGACCUGCAACCCGGGGCCAGCAACCACGGCAUCAGCCUGCAUGAGAUCCCCCCUGAUCGGCGCCAGAAGCUGGAGAAGGCGAGGCCAGGCCAGUUUUCUGGGAAGUGAGGCUGGGUCUGGAACAAGGAUUAUUCCGGAAGGUCCUUUUCCUGAACGUUGCUGCUGUAGGUGACCAAAAAUCUGGCUAAUACCAGUGACUUCUAUCCAGCUCUGCCUCAAAGGAUUCUGAGCCUUUACAAGAGCUGGUUGCAAACCAGUUGUGUGACUUUGAGAAGGCCUCAUGCACUCUCUGGGCCUGGGUUCUCUUUUGGUGGUGAAAUGAAGAGUGGCCUAGGUGGUUUCUGCACACCCCAGCUCCGACAACUGGGCUUCUGAGUGGUUGGCCUUGGGAUAUGGGGCACGGGGCAGGUGGCCUGCAGCCCCAGUGAUCCUGGGCCCAUCAGGAAGGCCCCAGGAAGGAGGAUCUGGGAUUGGAUGUCCCAAGCCCAGAGGAGGUGGAGCCCGCCUAUUCCACCAGCGCAGGGGUUGUCACGUGGCCUAAGGAUUCCAGGGCUUCUAUUUAGCCUCAAGGAUCCUUCCCUUCUCCAUUCUCCACCAGCUGAAAACUGCCUCCUUUGGUGGCAUCACCACACACCUUGCCCAAGUGCAGAGAAAAAAAAGCUUGGUUCUUGGCUUUGGGGAAAGGAAUGUAAACAAACUGCACCAAACCUUUACUAACCAGAACACCCAGGAAUAGUAGUAUUCUCUGUUUAACUGGGCGCUACUGAGCAGGCAGUUGGAUGGAAAAUCCUUCCUGGUUAGAUCUUUGCCACAAGCAUCAAGCCAUCCCAUCCUGGUGGGUCUCUAGCUGAAGUUUCUUUUGUGGUACUUUGAUAUCCCAGAGCCUGGGCUUUGGCAUGUUGGACUCUGGGUGGCCUUCACUGUGGCUUCAGACCCUGGCAGAAGUUAGCAGCAGCUGCAGCCACUCAGGCUGUCUCUCUAGGUAGUGAGCCUCCAGUCCCUGCGGUGUGUGAGCAGAACUGGAGAUAGCUGUGAGCAGGGAUAGUACCAUCAGAUGGACUCUCUAGGUGGAAGGUUGGACUCAGUCCUCACCACACAGUGUGGCUGGGGGGCCAGCAGCAGUGACAUCACUGGGAGCUUCUUAACAAUACAGCAUUUCAGGCCCCGUUGUAUGGAAACAGAAUCUACAUUUUAACAGAGUUGAACAGAGUUCCUUGAGAGUAUGUAUACAUACUUUAAAGUUUCUGAAUCAUUGAACUAAAUGAUCUUAGGAGCUCUAAAAUCUCAGAAUUGUUGAGAGUGGAUGGCUGAGAAAUACUGGCAUAGGUUGCCAUUUCCUUCUCCAGGGGAUCUUCCUGGCCCGAGGUCAAACCCAAGUCUCUUGCGUCUCCUGCACUUUCAGAAGGAUAGUUUACCAUUUGCACCACCUGGGAAGCCAGAAUUUCUAAGAUUUCAUAAGAACCAGGCUAGAAACUAGUCUCGAGACUUGUCUGGCCACUGGAAUGGUUUUAUUUUUGUCUUGAGCUAACAUUUAGAAAUCAACACAGGCCCCAUUGUAAAAAUGUCUACCAAAUUUCCUUCUUUUCUGAAAUCAAAAGCCCCACACAGGGGUAACUGCAACUUCCUGCUGGAGCUAAAGAGCAACCGUUUUCCCACCCCACCACUCUCUCCAGGGUUUCACUCUUCCAUUCUCACAGUGCCCACCACUCCCCAUGGACUCCAGAACACCAGGAUUCUCUGAACUUAUGUUCCUGUCAGGUGCCUGUAGACAUCAGACCCCAGGACCCUGGAGUAGCUGAUGUUAGGACUAUGGACGAGCCUGGGGGUUGAAGGGUUGCUUUGCCUGACCCGUGAAACCCACAAACUUAGUGGUCUUUUCCUCCUUCCUAAAGGCAGAGAAAGAAGGGAGAAGAAACCUAAGAUUCAGCAGCUACAGGUUCUGGUUACUUAAGGUGGUGCUGCUAUAGGGAGUAAUAUGGUAUAAUUUAAAAAGCAUUUUUAACCAAGUUCGGAGAUGAUGAAUUAAGGAUUUCUUUUUUUUUAAACCCUGAUGCACGCGCACACACACAGUAUUUUUUAAAUUACCUACAUUCUGAAACAUCUUUCUUUAGAUUUUCUCUGUACUUAGGUUCCAGGGAUUGAAGGCCAGCUCUGCAUUGCUGGUGCUGGACCUGACAUGUGGACAUAGCUUUCUUUCCCCUGCCUCUUCCCUCCUUCCCCCCCACCCCACUUUUUUCCUCCCAGCCUGUGUGGGGCCUAGGACAGUUACUAGCCUGUGAUUCAGGGGAGCUUCAGGAAAAAGUUGACCUGGGGUUAGGCGGAGGAGGAUUGAUGCAAAUAGGCGGAGGCGGGGCACCCCCAGAGGGGAAGGAGGAUGAGCUGGGGCCGAACCUUGUUUGGGACAGAGGUGGGGCAAACAGGGCUGAGCCAGUUCCUUCCCAUUGUCAACUCAGCCUUGUUCUCAGGUGCAUGCUCAGUCUCUCAGUCGUGUCUGACUCUUUGCAACCCCAUGGACUAUAGCCUGCCAGCCUCCUAUUUCCAUGGAAUUUUCCAGGCGGGAAUACCGCAGUAGGUUGCCAUUUCCUCCUCCAGGGGAUCUUCCCAUGGAGGAUCAAACAUGUGGAGGACCCCUGGACAUAAUGAUCAAACCCAUGUCUCCUCAUUGGCAGGUGGAUUCUUUACCACUGAGUCACCUGGGAACUCAGUCUGAAAGGAGAUCAUGCAAGUGACUGGGGGAGAGCCUGGUAACGGAGAGGCCUGUCCUCCCCAGUCUGGAGAACUCAGGGACCACCCACCCUAGAGCUCAGAGGGCUGGUGGGAGUGGAGGAGGGAAAAGAUCAAGACAUGGUCUCCUCUCUGCUCCUAGUCUCCUCUCUCUGCCUGGCAGUUUCUCCCUGUCUUUCUCCUCCAUUUUCAUGGAACCUUUUCCUGGGCCCAGGCAGUCUCUGAGAGCGCUACUGCCCUCUGACCCAAGUCCUGUCCACCUGGUCACCCCUGUUGUUCCCGGGACCCCAGCUCAGAGAGUACCCGGCUUGGCCAGUAGGCUCCCCUCACCUUUAGCCAUGUUUACACUACCUCUGCCACUGGCCUUGCCUUCAGGAUGGCGCUGUAGCCAGGACCAAAGAUGGCCGAAGCCGGGAUCUCCCGCAGCUGCUGCUGCUGCUGUCCCCACCCUGUAGCUGGGACACAUCACGUCCUGGGGCUCACCUGGCACCUUUUGUCUGUGCUGCUUCUCAGGGACUGGACUCUGCUCCCCACCCCCACCUGCAGUGGACCCCAGGGACCCCCUCUGGGGGCUCUGGAACUGUGUUUUGUGGCCAUGUUCACCAGGAUCUUCUGGACUGUGUGCUGUGGACACCAGGCCACAUGCCAUGGUGUUGGGUCCUGGGAGGGUGGGGGCUGGAAUAAAGGUGUGCUUUCUUCCA